CCCUUUUGUAAACUCCCUCUACUAAUUUUGCUUGAAAAAUCGGAUUUUAGACCAGUAGUUGUAAGCCCGGUACUUCUUCACCUAGGACUCAGGUCCUACAAAGCGCCCCACUUCAACCAGGCAGGAGAGCCAAGCAUUUCCGCCUUACACGCAGGCAGGCAGGGCGACUUUACCCCGCCAUCCAGCGUGAGCCUCACCUCACUUCACCUCUCACCUCACUCAACCUAUCACCACCACCACCACCAUCACCACCACCACCUCACACUCAUACUCACUCACCCAACUCAGCCCAACCUCCACCACAACCAUCUCUAACUUCCCAUGCCCCUACGAAGCAAACUAAACCUCGACCCUCACACCACCACAACGACAUCCACAACCUCAACCUCAACCUCAACCGCCAAAAUGGCCACCCAGACAAAAGACCGCAUAACCUGCCACGUCCUAGACACAUCAGCCGGAAAACCAGCCCGCAACGUCCGCGUCCAACUCUCCACCACCAUCCCCUCCCCCGCCAACACCGUCACCUCCGGCUCGGCAUCCCCCGGCGCCCCAUCCGGCGGCAUCCUCAAAGAAUUCGAAUCCACCACAGACGAAGACGGCCGCGUCAAAUCCUGGCUCCCCUUCUCCUCCGCCACCUCGUCCGGCGAAGUCCCCGUCUACACCCUCGACGACGUCCUCGGCGAGAUCGAGGCCGCCUCCGCUUCCACCGCGACAUCCUCCCGCUGGACGCUCAAGUUCGACACGGCGUCCUACUUUGGCGGCGAGGACGAGACCUUCUUCCCUGAGGCCGUGGUGGUGUUCACGGUGAAGAGGGGUCAGCAUUAUCACGUUCCGUUGCUGUUGAGCCCGUAUAGCUAUACCACCUACCGGGGCAGCUAAAGCUUCUUGUCCGGAUGUCAAGGGGAUGACUUCGGGUUUGCAGAGGGGGAUGAGAUGAGGUGGGGCUGGUCUAGUAUGAAGACUGUGAGUAAGAUGAGUUCCAUGUGGGUAGAGAGCCGAGAAGAGGGAUUCGUAUGAUGGGCUAGUCAUUGGUACGAGGGUCUGGCUUGCGGGUUCAUGAGCUCGCUAGAUUUUGCUUCGGAAAUACCUCAAUGACUAAGGGUAGCCUCACAUGUCAAGAAAAAUCAAUGUCACCUUUGGCGGGUGGGGGCUCGAUAAUCACAUCGAAGGGCAGAAGAAAGGGCCAAGUGAAUAGUGCAAGAGACUUGCAACUAAACGAUAG